AUGGCAAAGAGAGCAUCAUGCCAAGGUGAGGUCACUAGUCGGGAUACUCUAAGAUGGACUGACGAAAUGGAUACAACCUUCAUUGAUACUUUGAUUGAAGAAAGCCGCAAAGGUAAUAGAGUGGAUGGCACAUUUACUACAAUGGCAUAUGACAGCAUACUUUCACUUUUGAGAUCUAUCUAUGGUAACCACAUCCGCAAAGAGAAUCUUAAGAAUAGACUCAAGACUUUAAAGGAUCAUUUUGGAGUUUGUUAUGAUAAUUUUCAUGGGCUUAGUGGAUUUUUCUGGAAUCCAAUUACAAAGAUGUUUGAGGCUGAGGCUGAAGUCUGGGAAGAAUUGAUUAAGAGGAGUGGAAUGAGGAUCCAGUUACUCCUCAUGCUACUAGUUUUUACAAUGGGUCAUAGUCCUGAAAUUGGUUUAUCUAACCAAUCAACUGGCUUUCAAGGAACAUCAUUAAGAGGUACUAAACGCAAAACAACCAUGAGUGAUAAAUUAGAAUCAGAAAUGGAAACAAUGAGUAAAGGCAUUCAAGCAUUGACUGACAUGAUGAAAGAUGGGAAUCAUUUUUAUGAGAGAUCAAUUAAUAUUGCUGAAAAGCAAGUGUUAACAGCUGAAGAACAAGUGUAG